GCAGAUGAGGAAGUGGCAGGCAGGCUGGCCCUGGGGACUGUUCUCUGGCCCUGCUCCCUUCGAGCCCUCUACUGCUGCCUGCCUGGCCCCCCACUGGCACUGACCUGUGGCCUAGACCCACCCUCCACCCCAUGUGCUGUGCAGCAGGGGUGGGCGGAGGGCGGGGCUGCUGCCAGAUCUAGUCGGACAGGUGGAGCUGCCAGGGCAGGAGUCUCAAAGAGCCAGGCUCCCAGAGAGGAAGGGCAGGAGGAGAGCACCGGAGAGGAGCCGAGAGGCUGGAGAGUCGUUAGCCAGGAUGGAGGCUGUUGUGAACUUGUACCAGGAGAUGAUGAAGCAUGGAGAUCCCCGGAUUCAGAGCUACCCUUUGAUGGGGUCCCCCUUGCUAAUGACCUCCAUUCUCCUGACUUAUGUGUACUUCGUUCUCUCACUUGGGCCUCGACUCAUGGCCAACCGGAAGCCCUUCCAGCUGCGUGGCUUCAUGGUUGUCUACAACUUCUCACUGGUGGCACUCUCCCUCUACAUUGUGUAUGAGUUCCUGAUGUCUGGCUGGCUGCAAAGCUACACCUGGCGCUGUGACCCUGUGGACUAUUCCAACAACCCGGAGGCACUGAGGAUGGUUCGAGUGGCCUGGCUCUUCCUCUUCUCCAAGUUCAUUGAGCUGAUGGACACGGUGAUCUUUAUUCUCCGGAAAAAAGAUGGGCAGGUGACCUUCCUGCAUGUCUUCCACCACUCAGUGCUUCCCUGGAGCUGGUGGUGGGGAGUAAAAAUUGCCCCAGGAGGAAUGGGCUCUUUCCAUGCCAUGGUAAACUCUUCUGUGCAUGUCAUCAUGUACCUGUACUAUGGCUUGUCUGCCCUUGGCCCUGUGGCUCAGCCCUACCUUUGGUGGAAAAAGCACAUGACAGCCAUCCAGCUGAUCCAGUUUGUCCUGGUCUCGCUGCACAUCUCCCAGUACUACUUCAUGGCCAGCUGUAACUACCAGUACCCAGUCAUUAUCCACCUCAUCUGGAUGUACGGCACCAUCUUCUUUGUGCUCUUCUCCAAUUUCUGGUAUCAUUCUUACACCAAAGGCAAGCGGCUACCCCGUGUAGUUCAGCAAAAUGGAGCUCCAGGUACUGCCAAAGUCAAGGCCAACUGAGAAACAUGCUCUAGCUAGGUGCCCACCUAAGUGCCUCAGGACUGCACCUUGGGCAGCAUCCGUCAUUGUCCUUCCCACCUACACCUGUGACCAAGGCUUAUGUGGUCAGGACUGAGCAGGGGACAGGUCUUCCCCUCCCCACAGCGGGUACACAGGGACCACAGCUUCUGUUCCUCACCCACUUCUCCCAGCCAGCCCCAGGGACAUGGCCUGGCCUCAUUGCCCUCUGCCACUCCAGAGCUGGGGGCUGAAAGGGCUGGACGCUUACUUCCCCCUCCCUGCCUUAAACUUGGGAGAGGAGCACUCAGGGCUGGCCCCCACCAGGGUCUUGUGGCCUUUUUCCUCACACUGAAGAGGUCAGCAAUAAUCUGUCACUGUGGACCCAGGCUCCCUCCUUUUCCACCCCACAGGUCAGAGUGGGUGGGAGGCCGGGGAAUACAGCCUGUGGAGACUGCUCACUACUCAUGUCUUCAUUAAAAGUGACAGAGGAAACCAC